AUGGGCUUGAUCCAAGGCCUGGUGGCCGGCCUCUCAUCGGUCGCUGACUCCCCUAUUGCCUUGUGUGCUGCCUUGACGGCCACCUUGAUUGUCUACUCCGUCGGAUUGGGAAUCUAUCGACUCACUUUCCAUCCUUUGGCCAAAUUUCCUGGUCCCAAGCUGGCUGCUUUGACAUACUGGUAUGAAACCUACUAUGAGGUUUUCAAGUCGCCCGGGGGGCAGUUCUUGUUCCAGUACCACAAACUGCAUGACAAGUAUGGACCCAUCAUUCGCAUCAGCCCGAAUGAGAUUCACAUCAGGGACUCGUCGUUCUUCGAGGAGAUGUUCUCCAAUUCCCUGCCAUGGAAUAAGCCAGAACAUCUCCAGUAUCGCUUCGACAAUGCCAAGGGUACCUUUUCGACCACAAAGCAUGAGGCUCAUAAGCCCAGACGUGCUGCGCUCAACCCGUUCUUCUCCAAGAGGGCCAUUACCAAUGCUACCCCUAUGAUGCAGGACAAGCUGUACAAGCUCUGCGACCGGCUUCGCCGCGAAUACCAAGGCACUGGGAAGGUUCUGCGUCUCGACUGGAUGUGGGGUUGUAUUGCGUCUGAUAUCAUUGUUCAUUACUGCUUCAACGACGGUUAUGGCUUCAUCAAUGCACCGGACUUUCGAUCUGUCUUCAUCCAGGCCAUGUUUGAUCUACUCGACAUGGUGCAUGUUCUGGUCCAGUUCCCUUGGGUGGGUGUUAUUAUGAAUGCUCUUCCUCAGAAGUUUGUGGAGACAAUGAAUCCUGGCCUGAAGUCCAUCAAUCAUUACAACAGAGAAAUGGCAUCCCAAAUCACGGAUAUCCUCCGAAGCAAAGAAUACGGGACGAUGAAAGAGUCUCAACGCAAAACUGUCUUCAACGCUAUGCUAGAAGGUGGCUUGCCACCUGAAGAGCUGACCCUGCGACGACUCCGCGAGGAAGCCUUUACCGUCAUCGGAGCAGGCUUCGAAACCACGCGAUAUGCUCUGGCCGUCGCCAGCUACCACAUUCUCAGCACUCCGUCAAUAUACAAGCGUCUGCGCGAAGAGUUGAUAACAGCGAUCCCCGAUCCGACCAACUUCCCUCCCCUGAGUGAGCUAGAAAAGCUCCCCUACCUGACGGGAUGUAUCCAAGAAUGUGCGCAUUUUCUCCCUUCCGACUUGCUGCAUACUGGCAUCCGCAUGUCCUACGGCAUCGUGCAACGCUCACCCCGUGUCAGCGACAAAUUCCCCCUCAUCUACAAGACCUGGACCAUCCCGGCAGGCACCAUCAUCAGCAUGGACAACUACUCAGUCUCGCACGACGAAGCGGUCUUUCCGGACUCGUUUACCUUCAGACCCGAGCGCUGGCUCGAUGACCCUGUCGCGCCAGACGGGCGGAAACUCACACGAUACCUCGUCUCGUUUGGUCGUGGCACCCGGUCGUGCCUUGGUAUCAACCUCGCCUACGCGGAAAUGUACAUUUCGCUGGCGAAUGUGUAUCGGAACUUUGAGUUUGAACUCUUCGAGACGGGACGUGAGUCAGUCGAUGUCUAUCGGGAUAUGUUUCUUCCGCAUCCGAAGCCGGGGACUCAGGGGGUGAGGGUGAAGGUGUUGUAGGGUAAUUGUAUAGGAAUAGUAAUGCAGUGAUGGCAGG